AUGGGAUCGAGACCACGAACAAACUUCAGGGCACAGCAAGCGGCUGGAGCUGAUGCGUGGGCGCAGAGAGGAGGCAACAACAACGGGCCACAAAACAACAACGGCGGCGGUGGCUUCUUCAGCGGCUGGGGCGGUGGAGGUGGAGGCCCGCAGCACCAGCAGCAGUGGGGCGGGCCUCCUCCUGGCGGCUACAACCACGGAGGAGGCGGCAGUGGCUUCUUCAGAGGCUGGGGUGGUGGAGGUGGAGGUGGUGGAGGUGGAGGUGGUGGAGGCUACGGGCAGCAGCAGCACUACCCACCGCAGCACGGGGGCUACGACGACGAUGGUGCACAACAAGCUCCCGGGGUGGGGAACAACCCGUGGGGUCCCUUUGCCAACAUACGGCUCACGCCCACAACCAUUGCCAAGCUCUUUGCCAGCUUGUUGAUUGAUGCUAUCGGCUUCGCUACGUAUGCGGUGCCGGUGCUGGGCGAGGCUGGCGAUGCGGUGUGGGCGCCCAUCAGCGGCUUCCUCAUAUUCCUGCUCUACGGCAACAUAUGGCUUGCUGGCGCUGGCUUUGUGGAGGAGCUGAUGCCCGGCCUGGACUUCAUCCCAACCGCCACACUCGCGUGGGUGGCCGACAACACGGGCCUCCUACGGGCGGGCCAACAGUUUGGGUUCCUGCGCAACCUCUUCUCCAUGUUUGGCGGCGGCGGCAACGCAGCGCGCUAG